ACCCGGACUGAAACAAUUCAGAUAUACAGAACGGAAAAGCGGUACCGAUCAGUUUUGUGUAUACAUUCGAAUUGUGGAGAGAGUGCGGUUUGGUGCGUGAGGCAAACGUUGUUUGUUUACUGUUUACAAACAGCCAUAGAAAACUUUAAAUAUGUUGGGGUACUACAUUUUCAUUCUGGUAGUAUACUCAACAUUUACAUCAUCAGCACCAACAUGGGAUACUCCUUCUCCGCACCAAUAUCAUAUCCAAACUGACGAAGGUCCCGAACGAUUUUUUCGAUACCAAACCGAUAGCGGUCAGUACCGAAAAGAGAAACGACUCGAAGAUGGCACCGUAGUUGGCACAUAUGCCUGGAUAGACGCAGAUGGUAUGCUACGACAACGCGACUACAUUGCCGACAACGAAGGCUAUAGGGUAUUAAAAACCAAAAAUAUUUUUGUUGGAAGGAAUAUAAAUGUUGGAGAUGCUAUAAAAUCGGCGAAAAAAUCCCCCGCAUCUGCAGGUACUCUGGUGAAAGCAAACCAGAAGCCUAUUGUCAACGUACCAUAUAAUAGUGUAUCUUUCAUUCCUACCAGUAGUCCUGUGCCUCCAUAUAGUUACAACGCGAACAUUCCUGCUUCCAGUAGUACAUCGUCUCCAAUUACACCCGAUCAAACUUAUAUUUCCACCACAACUAUUUCUCCCUUGUCGUCCACUGCCUACACACAAAAUGGGAUACCUACAACAGAUCCUCAUUAUCUUGAUGUGGAUCAAAGUAUAAAAUCAACCACAUCUAGUCCUUAUAGCGGUUUAUCAUCUACAGGAGGGCCCGUUAUAGAUAUCACACCACCUACUUUCGCAAAAACAAGAUACAAUCCAUUCAAUUUUAGUUUCUUGAAUGAAAAUUACAUCCAAUCAACUGAAAGUUCCGGAACUAAUCAACGACUUUAUUAUCAAUUAACUACUCCUUCUCCUAUCAAUAUAAAUACAGAUCGUACUUUGUAUUCCUCAAAUCCCACUACCUAUUCUCCUGCUAUUUUCGAUAGUCCACAAGAACUUGACUCAAAUUCUGUCGAGUAUAAUCCAUAUGUUCGUCAAGUUAAGGAUACUUAUAGAUUUAGAAACGGACCAACAUAUCCCUUAGACAGAAACGGGAAACCAUUCCUCGGAUCCGAUAACGGAUUUUCUACUUAUGACGGCGUUUCAGUUACUAACGAUGGCUUCAGGUAUUACAUCCCAAGAGCUUACCACGAAGAACAAACCGAACCAGGAGACAAAAGAUCUGGUAGUUUCGGGUAUAUUGAUCCUUUUGGAAUAAGAAGAGUCAUCUAUUACAAUACUGCUCCUGGUACAGGAUUCCAACAUAGGAAAAACAAUCGAUAUGUAGGUUUCAACGCAACUCCUUAUGAUCCUAGACCAUACUGAGAGCGAUAAAGUGUUGCUGACUAUUUGAGAGAAUCUUGCCAGCUUAGUGCCAAAAGUGAUGAUAAUAUUUAAUAGUGAAAUAAGCUAGUGAAAAAAUAUUUCGAGAAAAUAUUCAUGGCAUAUCCCAAUCAAUAAAUAAAAAAAUUCUUCAUCUGCUUAUUUUAGAGAAUUAUAAGAAAAGCUGUCUUUCAUAAAAUAUCGCACGCAAAACUCACUAAAGUCUAUUAUAGUUGAUAAAAUCAAACUUUCAUGAAACAAACUCAAUUAUUUCAUAUUUAUCCAAAAUAGAGUCCUCAAAAAUAUGAUUUCAAGGUACUAAAUCAUGUAAAUACUAAUGUAAUUCUAUAAUUAAUUUAAAAUAGGUUCAAAUGAAUGCUCAAAACGUAGCCAUCUCAAUGAAUUAUUCUCAAUACAAGUACCAAAUACUGGGAACAAAGCUUUUUCUAUUAUUUGGAUCCGGAAAUGCCGCAAGAAGGUCUGGAAGCACUGAAUCCAGUGGGGUUUUUCCCAACAAUUAUUUCGAUUUAAUGUACCACUCAAACGUUUCCUCGUUUCAAAAUACUACAUUAUCAAGAAAAUCACUAUUUUCAUCAUAAUGACUCAUGAAGAUUCAGAAAAUUUCAAAUGCUUAGAGGUUUCUAUCAUCCGGAUCAUCUCCUGGGAGUUCGUGAACAAUUUGAACUUUCUACGGGUGCACAAACAACUUACUAACAUUUAGAUGCAAGAUGAUUUCAGUAUUUAUGGUUGCAUGAGGGUUGUCCUGGUCUUCCAGAUUUUGGAGCAUCCCUCACGCUUCCCGUUUCAUUUAAUCUUGUUCCGUUCAUACAUAUAAACGGCUAUACAUUCUAUUGAGAAUUGUAGCCGCUCAAAUUGAGCUCUUUUGACCCUGUAUUUUUUGUGGGUGGUCAGCCCACAUUUUACCCUAUAUAAUUACAGUUUAUCACAUAUUUUUGCAGCUUCGACUAUUGUUCUCCAAUUUUCCCUGUUCUGCAUCUGUUUGUUCAAGUCACUUACUCCCAAAUUUUCCAUAUCUUGCACAAUCUGAUCUACCCAUCUAUUUUUUGCUCUACCAGGCAAUCUUUUCUCGCUCGGUCUCCAUUCUGUGAUUUUCUUUGUACCCUGCCGUUUUUCCAUUAUUUUAAUGUGUCCGUACCAUUGUAUCCUUUUUGCUAUAAUUGUAUCCACAAUAUCCUCCUUUUCUAAUAUAAUUUUAAUUCCAUAGUUCAUUAGUCUACUGUAGUCAUUAUUUAAAGCUUUUACUGGUCAAUGAAUUUUCCUAUUUAUUUUCCUCUCUAUAUUCUUGGUUGCUCUUUCAUGGUAGUUUUUCUUAAAAAAGAGGACCUAGGGAUGUUAUACAGUCCUCCAGCUUUUUCAAUUAUAUAUUUAAUUACUUCGUCAAGUUUUGUUUUUGCGUGCCCCUGUUAGCCUGUUGUUUUAAAAGUUGUUUUUCAAAAAGUAACGUGUUUUUUGUGAAACAAAAUGAACUUGCACAACACUGCGACACUGUCGAUGUACUAGAUUACAUAAAAUAUUCCUAAUUUUCUAAAAAAUGAAGAUGCUUUCCCCAGGUUAGUCUACUUUUUUGCGGCUCUCAUACGAACCAUUAUAUUGAGUUUUGUAUUUUAAAAUAAUGAAAUAACUUUUCUUCCUAAAAUUGAUGAUUAAAAAGAUUUUCCCAAAAAUAAAUAUACUUAAUUUAUAACAAUUUCUUCGAUUUAAAAUUAUUUUAACGAACUAAUUUAUUUAGAUAAAUAAUUUAGAUUAGUUUAAUUUAUAAUAUUUACAAUUUAAGUGCCAUUAAUUAUGAAAUGCUUUGGUCCUGUGAAUCACAGUUUGACUACUGAAUUUUGACAAAUAUACGGGAUGUUAACUUAAAAAUUUCUCACCCUUAAUAUUUUUCUUCUACUUCAAAUAAGCAAUGUAGCUCUUGUGACUCAAUUUACAAAGAGGAAUAGAUCUUACUCCUAAAAUAUGUUGUCAUCUUAGUGACAAAUUUAUUCUAUUUUCAUCUCAGUGUUUUCAUUUCAAAAUUACGGUGGAAUUGAGCUAAAAAUAAAAAAUGACAUAUAUAUGAUUAAGUUAUUGAAGAAUUUGGACGAUGCCACCGACUCUUCUAAUAGUAUUCAUGCAUUUCAUCAGUAUUUUUCGUAUAUUGUUCAAAGUAACAUUAAAAAGAGGAUUAAACGCAUUUUAAUAUCUUUUAUCAAUCUUCUCUUCUUAUUAAUUGAACCACAAGAUAUACAAAUAUAGAUUUACUUAAGGUGUCCUUUUUUGAAGAAAGAAAUAUAUUAAAAGUGGGUGUAAAACGUAGCUCAAACUCUAGUUCCAGGACCUUCCCAGUAAAAUUAAGCUUGUAAAAUGGAUUUUGCGAUAUUGGUGUACGAUUUGAAAUAAUACUUUAAUCGAGAAAACUAAAAUUAGUAUUUAUUUUUAAUGUUAAACUAUGAAGAAAUAAACUUGGAUAACUUGUAAAACCAUAAGAUAUUUUUCUUCAAAUUAAUAAUUCAACUAAAAUGGAAAAUUCGGCUUAUAGCUUAGCAGGACAAUGAAAAUGGAAUGAAAAAAAACAUAUAAACCACUAUCAGUUUCAUGUGAACUUCUAGAAUUAUUACCAAGAUAUAUUAAUAGAAAAAUUACUAUUUUUUACUUUGACAAAAACCACAAAAAUAAACCUCAAUAGAAGAAGAUCAAUAGGCGUUCUUUUAUGGUGGUUUGAUACACUUUUAUCAACAAAAACAUCAUAUAUAAUUACUCUUAGAAAUUUGAUAAUCAUCAUUCAAUGAAAUAUUGAAAAAAGUAAUAAAUUACUUUCUUUGUCCUUUAUUUAUCAACCCCAAAAGCAUAUAAAAAGAUCCACCAUCUGUUAACAAACUUUUCAUGAUGCUACUAGCUGAAUUCAGUACAUCGCAUCGUAUCUGUCAUCUCAUUUUAUCACAAUCAUGACAGUACCAACUCUCUUGUUCUCAAUUCCCACCUUUCAGAUUUGUUGUCUUGAUAAUUUUCAAAUUUUUAUGUCUUUUUAUGUCAGAUCUUUGAUAACUGUGGCUUCCUCCGGAAUAGUUUUUUUCUGUAGCUACCAGUAUUUUUUCAAUAAUUUUGUCUUUUGGCAUGAGUUGCUGAAAUCCUUCUUAGCAACUUCUUAAGUAGUAUCCAUUCUACCGCUUAAAUAACUGGUGAACAGCUAUUUUUACUCAUUAUUUUCAAGUAUGUAUAAUUUUGGUGACCCAAAGGAUCUAUUUUGUCUCAUCUAUGAAUUCCACUCAUUCAAGAAAGUUCUCAGGAUAUAAUAUUUUGCAGCUCUGUGGUCUUUCGCACUUGAAUGAACAAAUAUAAAAUUAUUGGAACCAAGAUAAUGAUAGGCAGAUUUCGAAAGUACCUUUAAAAUUAUGAAGUAAUAAUCACCUGACAUGCUUUAUAAACAAAAUUACCGUAAGGGUUUUUAGGCUUUUUAGCUAUAUUAUAAUAAUAAAUAGCAACUAAAAAGGAUUUAGUAGAAAACUCUAAUUAAGGAAGCCUAUGUUAUCCUGACAAAACCCAAAAAGGUCGAAACUGGUCUGAACCAUACGUAAUUACACUACGAUCUCAAGGACUGUUGUGUCCCCGCAUUAGAUCUGCUUUUGUCGAAGAACCAUUUACAGCUGGACUUGUUGUAACUCAUGAGUUUUAGUGUCCGUACUGGUUUCACGUCCAAAUAAUUUUCUGCAAUAAGUUGUAAAGGUAUUAUGUAAUUAGGUAUUCCGGAAUGACUUUCUUUUCCGUGCAGAAUCUACAAUUAUCAACUUCCCGUAGGAUAAAAUCCCGUAAGGAAGCCAGAAAUUGAUAAUCAGAUAUUUCGUCAUGUAUAUUUGAUAUUGCAAAACCCAUUACGCUUUUGGUUAUUGUUACAAAUAUAAACUUCAGUUAUUAUUGCACAACAGACACUAAAAAUGUAAUAAUUUUCAAUUAUUAAUAUUGUUCGAUGGAAAUUAUGUUCAAUAAAACAUGUCUGACAUUUU